CAGAGAUACAUGUUAGCCAUUAACAAGACCAAUAAACAGAAGGGAAAGAGAUGAGGGGAUUUCUUCUUCCUUUGUUUUUUUUUUACCUCUUCUCUCUCUCUCUCUUUUGCCCUCUUAUAUCUAGUAGAUCAUCCAUCUUCUCUCUCUUUAUUUCCUCUCACACACACUCUCUCUCUCUUUCUCUCACAAACCAUAAUCAAGAAAAGCAGAUCCAAGGUGGUGGUUAAGCUGUCAUUCUAUCAAUCAAUCAAUCAAUCCACCAAAGAGAGCAAUCAUCAAUCAAUUUCAAAAGAGAAAGGCAAGGGGAAUCAAAGAAGAUGUCCUCCUCUUCUACCUUGUCUUUGGACCACCUCCCUCCCUCCGAGCAGCUCUGCUAUGUUCAUUGCAACAUUUGCGACACUGUCCUUGCGGUCAGUGUUCCCUGCACAAGUUUGUUCAAGACUGUAACAGUUCGAUGUGGGCACUGCACCAAUCUUUUACCAGUGAACAUGCGCGGGUUGCUUCUGCCUUCGGCUAAUCAGCUCCAUUUGGCUCACAGUUUCUUCUCUCCUUCACACAAUCUUCUGGAAGAGAUCUCAAAUCCAUCUCAGAACUUUUUGCUGAAUCAAACCAACACAAAUGACUUCGCCUUACCAACUCGUGGAGUAGCUGAUGAGCUUCCAAGGCCUCCAGUUAUCAACAGACCUCCGGAGAAGCGACAGAGAGUCCCCUCCGCGUACAACCGAUUCAUCAAGGACGAGAUCCAACGCAUUAAGGCUGGAAAUCCUGAUAUAACUCACAGAGAAGCCUUCAGUGCAGCUGCCAAGAAUUGGGCCCACUUCCCACAUAUUCACUUCGGCCUCAUGCCGGAUCAGACUCCGAAGAAGACUAACGUGCGCCAACAGGAAGGAGAGGACGUUCUCAUAAAAGAUGGGUUUUUUGCUUCAGCUAAUGUGGGUGUCUCUCCUUAUUAAGCAGUGAGACUGCUACUUUCCUUUGUUCCCCGUCUUGCAAUCUGCCAUUAGGUCUCUCUCCCUCUCUCUCUAUAUAUAUCUCUUCUCUCAGAGCAGUCUUGGUCGCAGCAGCUUAUGAUUUGUAGUGAUGGGAAGAAGAACUUGCUGGUCAAAAAAUUGCCGGUCAAGUUUGGCUACUCUAGUACUAUUACUUUCAUUAUAACCCAUCUGCUACUGGACCCCUUUUAAUGUUUAUAUUUUGAUCUAAUUUAGUAUGUACUUUUAGUUUUAGAUAAUAUCCUGUGUCAACCUUUGCUUGAAAAAACCUGACUCUCUUAAUGUCGUUUCUCACUGGUGACUCUUGCUAAUCAACUACUUCUAGUUUACUGUC